AUGGAUGAACUUCCAAAAAGCUUUAUUAGUGCUAUGCGAAUAUUAUUUGGGAUUAUGGACCAUGAAAACACUGGAUUUAUCAAAUAUGUAGACAUCGAAAAACGAUGGCAACAUGAUGGGACGCAAGAAUUACCUAAGGAUGUGCUUGAAAACUUGAAAAAGUUCACUUCACCCGAUGGAUUAUUAACAUUCGAACGCUUUUGCUCUGGUUUAAAAAUAUGUUUGCAACAAAAGCAAAACGGUAUUGAGUCUGUAAAUAAUCAAGGUCAAUUUAUAGCACCUCUUUCGGUGUCAAAUUCAAAAAUAAAUAAUCCUAUAAAAAAUUUAGUGACAUCUUCAAAUACAGCCACCAUACGACCCAACAAUGCUAUAUUACAGCAACGUACAUUUAGCAUGCCUCAAUUAUCGGAACCACGUAAAGAUCCACGAAAUGUUUUGUUAGAUAUGUCUAAAGGAAGAUCAACUACUGAUAUAAAAACUGUCAAAAUAUUUGGUCCUCCAAAACCUCCGAGAACUGGUGCUGCUACUGAAGGCCGUAUAUUUAACACUGAUCGUAAUUUUGACAAAUUAGAAAUAAGAACAACGUUACAUAAUUGGCAGGUUGGACUGAUGUUAAACGAAGAAAAAUGUCCUCAAAAAAAACAAGCAUCAAAUACAAACUAUAAUGUUGACGCCAGAAGUUUAUCAAAGUCUCAAAAAAAUAUAAGAGAUACAAAAUUGAUAGAAACGCAAUCUAAUCAUUUUGGAAUUGCUCAAAAAAAAAGUAUCUCCAGGAAAAAAGAGUCUAGAAGGCAUACUUUGCAAAAUGGCGUUGAUUAUAAUAUGAUGAAAAGAAUAAAACAGAUUGAAGAAGAAAAAGAUAUGUUGCUUCAAGGUUUUGGAGCUAUUGAUAAAGCUAGAGAUUGGUACUUACAACAAAUUUCCACAACUCAAGACAAAAUAAAGCAUCUUGGCGAAAUGGCUUCUUAUGUGGAACAAUGGACUGAAGCUCAACAGGAACGUUUAGAACUACAACGUGCACGUAUUCUUGAAGUAAAUCGUCAUUUAGCAGCUCUUAUAAAUAGUUGGGAAAGAGGUGGUCUUCCUCUCCACAUGAAUUUAGCAUUUUUGAAUAGAUCUUCGCCACAACUAAAUCAAGAUAUACUAUCACGAUUAAAGCAUCAAAACUGCAGAUUAACUGAGGAAGUAAAUAAGCAAAACUAUAAAAUUAGUCUGCUUGAACAAGAGAAAGAUUCUCUCAUGCGAGAAUUAUACAAUCAUCAAUCAGGUAUAAUUCAAUCACGACGAUCAACUACAAUUCAUGAGCAGCAUGAUCAGACAUUUAUGUAA